GCAGAUCCGGUGAAACUGGAGAAGGCAGUGCUCUCGCUUGUUGAUGAAUUCGGAGAACUGUCGGGAGUUAAUGAUAUGGGAUGGGCCUUGUUGGCGAAGCUUGUCUACGCUUGCAAUCAUGAGAUGCUGAGAUUGAUCGCAUCCAGGAUCCAGAAGCGGUUGAUUGUUGCGGCUAAACAACCAGUGAGUGUCCCUCUGUUGCAUUUCGUCCGUUCGUUUCUCGUGCGUUUCCCGUGGCUCAAGGCUUGCAAUGAACAGACGCUGGCGUGCAUUGCCGCACACGCUGUGGACUUUGCUGUCGAAAAUUUCUCCAUGGAUAUUGUCAGGCUUGUUUCCGGUGUAUAUGCGUUAUAUGCUGGCAAUAAAUACGAUCGUAUCCUUACAAAAACUCUGAAGAAUGUGAUGAGAGAUUCGAUUAUCGAAGAUGGAGGAGAAGGCAUUAUUGUCUUUGAAACAGCCACUCAGCAUAAUCGCACUCAGUUCGUCGCUACAAUCUUUCGCGUUCAUGCGGCUGUAAUGAAACACGCCUUUAAAGGUGGAGAAGUUCGAGUAGACGAGUGGUUGGAUAUGGCGCACGAGGCGUUGAAUAUCAGUGAUGCUGAAAUUGAUAAGUCUGUCUUCACCUGGCUAAGAACCUACAUGAUCAGAGCUGGGAGUUGUGCGCAGGUCUCAUCACGAAGAAUGUCCGCAUUAUUCAUUGAUUUCCACCGCCCCAGUGAAGCAUAUUACAGUGCAGUGCAGGAAUUCAUUCAGCUCGGCGCAAAUUCCACUGCAAAUACUCUUUUCGGGAUGCUAAUUCAUUCCCCCUUGGAAAAGUUGCAUUCAGAAGUGAGUUUUUCACAGCUGUUGCUGACCGUCAAUUUACACCCUUGA